AUGAAGAUGGGCUUAAUUUUUGGCUUUUUCGAUUCUUCGUUUUGGAAAGAUUGCAUCUCACAGAGUUUUGACACUCCGUGGUUGGAUCCAGUCGUACCCUACCAAAAUAUCGUGGAAUAGGAACGAAGAAGCACAAGGACCAAACCUCCAAUGAUUCCUUCGCCUGCUCUGAAAAUCACACUCCAAACCACUAAGCAACAA